CCCAGAGCGAGAUUCUUCGCUGCGUAUGAUGACGAACGACGAAUUUGAGAUCGCGCUCUUCCGGGCAGUCAUAAAAGCCAGGCCCGUCGGUCUCAACAGACACUUCCAUUUCUUGUCUGUCCAGCAGUCUAUGACGACCGAGCUCGGCCACGAGGUUGAGCUCGCGGAUAUAAAGCGCAAGCUCGCGAGCCUCUACGAUCUAGACGGUCUCGACAGCCAGGACUUAGCAGAGGACGACUUCUUAUCGAGCGUCGAGCAGUUCGAACUGCCGCACGACAGCGACUUCAUCGAGCUCUGCCAGCAGAGGGCCUUCAGGCCGGCGAAAGACCGCGCGACGCCGCCCUCUUCUCCUAUCAUUUCGCCCUCAGAAGAGGAUGACUCGAGUCUGAGCGAGGCCGAGGAUACGACAGAGGAGCCCCAGCCGGUGCAGACCCGUCGGAGGAGCUCGGCUGCCCGUUCUCUCAAGCACGAGGACUCUGAUCUGCAAGAGGAUGACGCCCAGAUAACGAACGACGACAACGAGGUCGACGAGGAGGAAACAAAUACCCGCUCGUCCCGCUCGAGAACGGCAAAGGCUGCCGCAGACGCUCCCAAGCGCGGCAGGGGCGGCAGACCAGCAAAACGAGGCAGAACAUCUCGCUUCCCUGCAGCCUUCGCAUACUGAUCAUUCAUAGGUUAAUACAUGACUAGAAUGUUGUACUAUAUACUAUUUAUUGUACUUUGCAAUCCCUAGCCUUCGGUGACUGGCUCUCCAAGGCCCGCAUUUCAGCUAGACGUAGCUUGUCGUUGGAGGAGAGAAUGCCUUUUUUCUCUCGAUCCAACAACGCUCGCAUCUGUGAGUCACGCUCACUUUUGCUUCUUUUGUCAUGCUUGAGGGAAGCGAGUGGGGUUUUGAUAGGGCCACCUGCUUGGAUUCUC